GUUCAAGACUUCAAGUAACUGAUUCCUGACAAAUAACUACCUGCUAGUGCCUUACAAGUUAAAGAAUAUUCUGUAUUUGGCUGGAAUUCGCUCCGUGUUUAACCAUGUCGGGAAAAUCUGCGCCGAUCGCACUGGCAGACGAUGCACAGCCGCGGCGAGGCGCAGUGGCAGGGAUAGCCAAUCGCCUGCAAGGCUCUCUGAACACUGGCGAACUGAGUGAUAUCAAGUUCGUAGUCGGACGCGAUCAUGGUGAAACCCGCACGUUCCCUGCACUCAAGUGCAUCUUGAGCCUGAGCAGCGACGUGUUCUACACAAUGUUCCACGGCAGUAUGCCAGAGCGGAGAGAGACCAUCGAUAUCCCCGAAGUACUCCCUGAAGCCUUCGAGAUCCUGCUGACUUACCUGUACACUGACAAGGCUGAUCUCACGGUGGAGAAUGUGUGGCCCGUGUUGUACUGUGCGGAUAAAUAUGAUCUUCCGUUACUGCUGGAACAGUGCAAUCAGUUUCUUUUGAAGCAUAUCCGAGCGGAAAACUGCCUGACACUUUUGGAAGGGGGUGCAAAGUGGCAUCCUGAUGAUAUAGUGCAGUUGUGCUUCCAUGUCGCCGAGGCUUGCUCCGACGUCGUGUUCACGUCAAAAGAAUUUGCUUCUAUCAGCCGCGACACGUUGCAGAAACUGUUGGAGAGUGGCACGCUGCGCGUAGACGAGCACACGGUGUACAAAGCCGUGGAAAGCUGGUGCGUGGAAGCCUGCAAGCGGGCCAAUCAGGAAGCUUCGGCAGCCAAUCGGCGUGCAGCACCGGGAGAGGCGUUGUUCCUUAUCCGAUUUCCCCUGCUCAUCCCUACCCAACUGGCUGACGGCCCUGCCAAGAGCGGCUUAUUGUCUGAACGGGAACAGCUAGAUCUCUACACGUACAAACUGGCCACGCAGAAGUCCGUGAAUUUGCCGUUUUCCACUGAGCCACGCAAGCCUCAACCUUUCCGUGUCGUUACGUCGCUCCGUCAUAAGGAAUUCCAGCCUCGAGAAGAGGUAUUCGUGGAUAGCUACCCGUUCUGGGUACCGGCGAAAGUGCUCGGUGUCCAUUCUUCGAAACUCAUUGUGAUCAUGUGUAAGCUUUCCGACGUAGGAAACAUUCUGUUAGUGGAACCGGGAAAGCUCAUACGGGCUGCUGAUUUCCUGACCAAAGGUCGCAACGUUGUGUGGGACUGUAGUGGCGCCCAGUACGCCAGCGCUGUUUAUCACGAGCGGAGCCUUUCCGGCCACUGGGUGAAAGCGCGCGGCCCGAAGGAGAUAGUGUCUUUUGGGAAUCUUCUGGUUAAGUGUGAUGAUGCGCAGGAAUGGAAAAAAGUUCAUGACUGCGACGAGGGGGAGGCCAGCGAAACCCGUGACAGUAGCGAUCACGAUGAUGAUGGCGACGAAGACGAAGAUGUGGACGAGGAAGAGGACGAGGAGGACGAGGAGGAGGAAGAGAUGGACGAAGAAGACGAGGAGAUGGAGGACUAGAAGCGGAUGGAGAAACGACGAAGGCCAUGACAGUAGCGAUCAGAGUGACGAAAAUGAAGAGGGCGUACUUCGUAAACGCUCGAGAAUUUGAAUGGUGUUGCACACUAGCUGGUUGUACAGUUCGGCGUUACGUCAAAACAUGUGUAGAAUUUUUUGGAAUGAUCAUUCACUGAUUCAUUUAUUGAUUCUGGACAGAGGAUUUUGUACAGUUUUGACUUUGUGCGCGGAUCGAAUCUACGUGGACAGUCGCCCGGCUUCACCAUCCGCGCAUAGUUACUUUAUUUAUUUAAGUGUGUACCGUUUGUUCCUAGAACU